UCACAUUAUAUCCACUACUUUAUACCAUUUCUUUCUCUCCACCACACAUCUCCAUUUGCUACUUGGGCUCGCUGGCGCGCGUAUAGUAUUUUAAUUCAAUUGAGACGAGUUGAUCUGUGUCUGUCUCAGCGGAGAAUAUCAGUUGAGAACAACAGUCCGUGAUUAGUGGGCUGCAUCUCCAGCAGUGCGCAACUACUCCGUGGCAUUUCCCACAGUUUUCUCGCAGUAUUGCUGUGCUGUAUUCGCCACUUGUGAGGAGAGGCAGUGAAAAAUCACAAAUGAGGACACCAGAGUGAUUAGAAGCGCGCAGCCACUUGUGAUUAGUCUUUCUGGGAUCUAGAGUUUCAGUGGAUGCCUUUCUGGCAUCAUGUGCAACAUCUGUAACCAGAGACAUUGGACAGAAUGAGAAGUGUUAUGUAAAUUCGAUAUCUUCGUCUUUUUUCCCCUCCUCCAAUGCGGAUACACAUUAAAAACCUAUUUAGAAAAAUGUUGGAAUAUAGAAAAAGAAUAAGACGGUUUAUUUGUGGAAUGAUGAUGAAUGCAUUAAUUGCUCCAUCGAGUGUGUAGCACUCAGAUUGAGUGUAUGUGAGAAAAGGAGUUAUUAUUCUGACUAUUAUUAAUGCCCAUUCUGGAGAAAAGUUGCAACAAAAUCGCUCUCUGUGUCUGUUAGUGGAAUAUUUCUUUAUUUAUCGCCCUAAGAAGUCAAUCAUGAAACCCCGAAUGGCCCCUCUAAUGUACUUUCUAUUCCUAAUUCUCAUUUAUGACAUUCACUCUCUGUUCAAUAUUAAAUUACAUUGCCCGAAGAGAUGCCUCAUGUUGGCGGAAGAGAGUUUAGUGAUAGUGAAAAGAGGCAAAAUCGAGGGAUUUGUGUCAUUCUGUCCAUCACUUUUGCGCUAAAUUGAAAACAAACAGUCAAAUGAUAAUGACUGUUCUCGAAUAAAAAAGUUCCAUUACGACUCUAAAGAGAAAUCUACGAUGCUCAAGGGGAAUAGGAAAUGUUUUUUGCCACAGUAACAAGUGAUUGCACAUCGUCACGGCGUUCAGCAAUUGUUCUAUCGAAAAAUGAGAGGGAAAAUGUAUUUUAGAUAACAGGGAAGUACUGUGCAAUAGAGGAAAUGAUGAAUUUGACAGGAAUGCUGAAAAAAUUCACUUAAACAUUCCGCAAAGUCUCCUCUCUCUUUUUCCGAGUGCAAUUCACAUGCGUUUCAAUAUGCUCUCAUACACUUAAAUUUUAAUAACUGUCAUUAUUUUAACGGCUGACGAUUGUGAAAUAAAAUAGGGUAAUUUUACCUAAAUUAUUUAUUCAGUUUUAAAAUUCAACAACAACGCUGCGUAAUAAAUAUACACCCAUUUGAAUUAAUUGAUUUUAUAAAUCUUGCAAUGAGCACUGAGUGAAGACGUACACUUUGCAGAAUCGGGGGAAUUAAGGGAAUAGCUAAAACGUGUGUCACUGUCGGAUACAGAGAGCGAUAUGGCAUUUAGUGAGGAAUUUCUGAUUAUGGCAGUUACUGAAUGGGAGGAGGAGCAAGAGUGGUGAGGCACGAUGUCUCGGGACAGUGUACAUCACCGGCAUCAAGUGCACAGCAACGGCCUGGCCACAAUUCGUCCGCGAGGCCACUAUCGCAGUUCGGCCUAUAUUCGCGCCGAGGAUAGCACUGCUGGUGGUGAGGAUGACAUUUUUUUCUCACUGCGUCACGCCAGCAGCGAUUCGCGCUUCUACUGGCCAAAUGAUGUCAAUGACAACGUGCAGAAGUCAGCACACAAUGGAGCCAUUUACGAUACUCCCUGCCUCAGUGAGGGCAAGCGCGCAAAGAGAUCCAACACUCUGCGCUCCUUCCGGAAGCCCAAGUCCGUGCAGGCACUUCACUCCAUUCACGUCACCGUGCCGGACUGCGGGAGCAUUCUGGAGCUGGACGAGAGUGGGAACGCCUCUCUUCCGCCAAAUGGUCGGCUGAAGGAUGGCGGAAGCUCCGCUCCGCGAUAUGGCACAAUCAGGAUGAGGACGAAGAGUGAGAGUCAGGAGAAUGGCAGCGGAUCUGUGGAUUGGGAGCGAAAGUACUCAACGUUGGGAAACGUGCGAAGAACUCGCGGCACCACCCAUGAAGUCAAUAGCAGUUGCCACAGUUUGAACUACUUCGAUCCGCUGGAUUGCAAGAUUGGCUGCCAAACCACCCUGAGAAGUAAACCCCAAAUCCCUUGGUAUGAGCUGGCCAUCCGGCAGAACAAUCGUCGUCUAAGCUGCCCGCCUCUCGACGAAUUAAACGAGAAGGCUCAUGUGGUGUCGGCCUUUGAGCAGAGUCUCUCGAAUAUGACUCAACGCUUCAAUCAACUGAGUGCCAGCGCGGAGAGGAAGGACAGUGAGUUGACGGAUCUUCGGCAGACAAUUGAACUGCUGCGGAAGCAAUCGAUCCAGGCGGGUCUCACGUCCGCCCACAUGCAGAGUAUGGGGGUGCAGGCGAGCUGCCAGCCAGCGAAAUCCGAGCACAAGUCCGCAAACAGCACCUCCACCGGCACAGAUAUGCAGAGGCACCACAGCUCGGAUUCCAUGUGCUCUCUGAAUUCCAUCAGCUCGGGCUGCUCCACACAGGACAAAAAGAAGAAGAAGGGAUGGCUGAGGAGCUCCUUUACCAAAGCAUUUUCACGCAACGCCAAAAUCUCGAAGACGAAUCGUCAGGUGAAUAACAAUGUUCCUUCGGUGGCGGAAAUGGGCUUGCCACCACCCUCGCCCAACACGAGUGUCCAGGAGAAGGUCGUCACUCCGGCGUCGCCCACGAAGAGCCCCGUGAAGCAACCAGUGACUGUGAUUGAGAACGCCAAGCCCAUCGAUGCGAUUGUGGAGCUCGAGGGCAAUCUGAUUGUGGAGGACCUGAAGAAGCAGCUGCGUGAGAAGGAUCUCGUGCUGACGGACAUUCGAUUGGAGGCGCUCAGCUCAGCUUCCCAACUUGAGAGCCUGAAGGACACUGUGAUGAAAAUGCGCGCAGAAAUGAUAAACUUGAAGCAGAAUAAUGAGAGACUCCAGAAACUCGUAACCAGUCGCUCUCUAGCUGGAAGCUCGGGGAGUUUGGGCGCUCCGCUGAGCCCUAAUGGCAGUCUGAAUGAACCGAGACGAUACAGCUUGGUGGACACCUCCUCGAGACCACCGAUGGAAUUACCAAACACCUUUGAGGAAACGGAGGAGGAGAACAUCCCACCGGCGCCAGCUCCGGAUCCGCCACAAAGCAUCAGUCCAACAUCACACAUUGACCUCACGCCUCCGCCCCAAGUUGAAUCCGUUCCUCCAGAGUCCAUGAACACUGCUGUUGUGGAUGACAUUGACCACCUCGAUGGGAAGAAGAUCUCCAUCGCGGUGUAUCUCGGCCAACCGGACUCAUUCCAGAAGUAUUCGGAAGAGAUCAUGGAUUGCGACUACUAUUACGCCAAUGUGGCUCCAACAGACAGCCUCAGCCCAAAUGGAGAGAAUGGAGACAAUGCUAAUUUCAAUGAAUUCACGAUUGCCUUCACGUACAUCUCUGGCAAAACCACCUGGCAGAAUUUGGACUACAUCGUGCGGAAGACCUUCAAAGACUAUCUCUCCAAAAUCGAUCCAGGGACAAGCUUAGGCCUCAACACCGACUCUAUCACGUCCUAUCAUUUGGGGGAGGCCAAGAGGGGUCCGGAGAUGGGCUUUCCAGAACUUCUCCCCUGUGGCUACAUCAUCGGCAAUGUGAAGACCCUCUACAUCUGCCUUCAGGGAGUGGGAAGUCUCGCCUUCGACAGUCUCAUCCCGCGCAGCAUCGUCCACCGCUAUAUCAGCCUCUUGACCGAACAUCGGCGGCUGAUCUUGUGUGGCCCCAGCGGGACCGGCAAGUCCUACUUGGCACGCAAACUGGCGGAAUUCCUCGUCGCACGCUCAGGCAGAGGAAAUCCCACAGAGGCCAUUGCCACAUUCAACGUGGACCACAAGUCGUCUAAGGAGCUGCAGCAGUAUUUGGUUCACGUGGCAGAACAGGCCUCGAUGGUGAACUGCGUCUCUGAACUGCCGUCAGUGAUCAUCCUGGACAACUUGCACCACGCAUCCGCACUGGGUGAUGUGUUCUCGUGCCUUCUGAGUGCGGGACCGGCGUCGAAGCUGCCCUGCAUCAUUGGGACCAUGUCGCAAGCCACGUGCAACACGACAAACCUCCAGCUACAUCACAACUUCCGAUGGGUGCUAACGGCCAAUCACAUGGAGCCCGUGAAGGGCUUCCUGGCCCGCUUCCUGCGACGGAAGCUCUUCGUGCUGGAACUCAUGGCGCACACGCCUCAGCCUCAGCUGUCCAGCGUGCUGGCCUGGCUGCCCACCGUGUGGCAGCACAUCAAUCGCUUCCUCGAGACCCACAACUCCAGCGACGUGACCAUCGGGCCGCGCCUCUUCCUCUCGUGUCCGCUGGACAUGAACGACUCGCAAGUGUGGUUCACGGAUGUGUGGAACUACCACCUGGCGCCAUAUCUAGUCAAUGCCGUGCGCGAGGGCGUGCAGCUGUACGGGCGCCGCGGCGGAAUCUGGGUCGACCCGUCCACUUACAUCCGUGACACGUAUCCCUGGCCAGUGGGUCCCACCACAGUGCCAUCCCUGCGGCAGAUCAACGCCGAGGACGUGGGCCUCGAGGCGGGACCGACGGGCAGCAGUGAGCAACAAGAUCCACUGCUGAACAUGCUAAUGAGGCUUCAAGAGGCUGCCAACUACACCAAUAACCAGGAUCAAGAAUCGGAUUGCGCCAGUCUCGACUCGAAUAUCACGCAAGACAGCUUUGCAGGAGGCGAUUAAGUCACUGAGUUUAGGAUUACUAAAAGUCUAAUUUAAGGAGAGCGUCGAUAUUUUUCACAUAUUGCAUUGACUUUUAAAUUUAUUUGUGUUGUUAUUUGGGAUUUUGAUCGAUUUCACUGGAGACCCUAAGCUAGACAAUUCUCAUAGUUGAAUUUUUGAGAAGAAUCAAAUUUCGUGUUUAAUACGAUAAAUCUCAUUUCCUUUGUGUUCAUAUAUCACUAAAAAGAAAACUACAUACACACAAUACCAUUUCGACUCAUCAUUGUACUUCCAUUAAAAUUAAAAGGCAACUUACCACUAAAUAAUAGUAUUUACAUCAAAUCUAAAACAUAACGUGAGAAUCAUUCUUAAGAUUUACACUCACUGCAUAACUACAAUAUAUAGAAACAAUAAUACCUUUAAAAAAAACCACAUGGUAAACAUAAAAGAUGGAAACGAAUUCGCAUAAAUUUUAUACUUUCAUAAAACAAAAAAAAGCUUGAAAAAGAACAAGAUGGUAAAAUAAAUUGAAUAACUUAUACUCUUCAUCAACAUGAAUAAACGUGUAUAUAAUGAAAACUA